CCCUCCUGAAAAAGAUAGACCAUUGUCUUGAGUCCACCCAUCUGUGGGGGUGGCUCUGCGAAAGUUUGCAGAGGAAAGUUUUAAGCUGUCACUGGCUGUCGGGAGGAGACUGAUGGAGGACGGAGGGGACUGCGACUCGUAAGCAAGCGUUGACACCGACAUACAAACAAGACUGCAAAGGACUGAGUGUGCAACAAAAACGCCCCGUGGAGGCACACCAUGCCCAGGCCUACAUUGGAGAAGUUUGUUGGGACUGACACAGUUUAAGUGCUUGGUGGCAAACAAAGCGAAAAGUGCAUCCAGCCCAGAUGGAAAUCAUUUGAAUGGACAGUCGACGCGGUGUUAAAAAGGCAUUAAAUGUUUCUCAAAUACAGGCCGGCGUCCUGACAAAAUGACCCGUUUGGACCGCGGGCUUCACGCUUUUGGACAAAGCGUUUCUCCCAUUCACUUCUUCAUCGCACUUCUGACGGUCCUGGAAAACUGCAAGACGCUGGGGCUGCCACAUGAACCAGAGAGAUUUCUAGAGGAUCCGCCUCAGUAUGAAGUGGUUCACCCCACUAGAGUGGAUGCCAGGGGUCACUUCCUGUCCAACUUCCUGUCCCACCAUGCUCGCCGUGUACAGCGCCGGGAAGCCGCAGAGAGACCAGCGGACUUUGACCGAGUCUUCUACCAGUUGUGGCACGGCGGCCACAGUUUGAACUUUAACCUCACCCUCAACACGCACCUGCUGGCUCCAGGCUUCUUGACAGAGCGGAGGUACGGUGGCCUGGAUGGGGCCCGGAUCCAUCCCCCUGGCUCGUCCCAGUGCCAUUUCUUAGGUGAAGUGUGGGACGGGGCCGCUGUGAAAGGGAACGCAGCCAUAAGUACCUGUGAUGGACUGACAGGACUGUUCAAGUUGUCGGAUGAAGAGUUUUUUAUUCAGCCUCUGGAGAAGCCGAGCCAUGAGACCUCAGCACCACAGGCUCAUGCCAUCUACAAACGCCACGCAUCCCCUCCCUCCUGGAGUCCAGUCAUACAGCCGAUCUCAGGGAAACAACCUCUCAACGGUACCUGCGGAGUCAAAAAUUCCCAUCAAAGUUUUGAAGACACUGAGAGACAGCGGGAGCGCUGGGAGCAACGCCAGCGGAGAAGGAGGAGGAGAAUUCGUCAACGCUCAGUCAGCAGAGAGAAGUGGGUGGAAACGCUGGUGGUGGCUGACCCUAAAAUGGUGGAGUAUCAUGGAAGCAAAGCUGUGGAAAGCUACGUCCUGGCUAUAAUGAACAUUGUGGCGGGUCUGUUCAGAGAGGCCAGUAUUGGAAACGCUAUCAACAUUGUGGUUGUUCGACUCAUCUUACUGGAGCAGGACGAGGAUGACUUAAAGAUUACACACCAUGCAGACAACAGCUUGAACAGCUUCUGUAAGUGGCAGAAGAAACUCAACAUGAAAGGAGACGAACACCCACUGCACCACGAUGUAGCAGUUCUUCUCACCAGGAAGGACAUCUGUGCAGCCAUCAACAUGCCUUGUGAGACUCUGGGUCUGUCCCAUGUGGCGGGGAUGUGUCAGCCGCAUCGCAGUUGCAGCAUUAGUGAGGACACGGGCCUCCCGUUGGCCUUCACUGUAGCACACGAGCUCGGACACAACUUUGGGAUUCAGCAUGAUGGCAACGGUAAUGACUGUGAACCCAUUGGGAAACGACCUUUCGUCAUGUCUCCACAGCUCCUGUAUGGCACCUCCCUGCCCAGGUGGUCACGCUGCAGUCGCCAGUAUAUCACCCGCUUUCUAGAUCGCGGCUGGGGCUGGUGCCUUGAUGAUGCCCCGGUAAAGGAUAAGCUGUCUCUGAACUCAGUGCUUCCUGGGGUUCUGUACAGCGCUGCCCAUCAGUGUCGGCUGCAGUAUGGAUCUGGCUCCCAGCUCUGUGAUGACAUGGACAAUGUGUGUAGCACUUUGUGGUGCACUGUGGGAACCACCUGCCACUCAAAGCUGGAUGGGGCCGUGGAUGGGACCAGCUGUGGCGAGGACAAGUGGUGUUUCGGUGGGGAGUGUGUAGAAUUUGGAUUUCAACCCGAGAGUGUCAGUGGCGGCUGGGGAUUGUGGAGCGAGUGGUUGGCCUGUUCGAGGACAUGUGGUGCUGGUGUCCAGAGUGCCCAGAGAGACUGUGAUAACCCAGUUCCUAAGCACAGAGGAAAGUAUUGUCUGGGAGAAAGACGGAGGUACAAGAUCUGUAACAUCACACCGUGUCCUCAUGAACUGCCCACCUUCAGAGACAUCCAGUGUGGUCACUUUAACACGGUGCCCUACAAGGGCAAGUUCUACAAGUGGGAAGCCGUCAUCAACACGGUCAACCCUUGUGAACUGCAUUGCCGUCCGCUGAACGAACAUUUUUCUGAAAAGAUGCGGGAUGCUGUCACCGAUGGGACACCGUGCUACGAAGGCAACAGAAGCCGAGAUAUGUGCAUCAAUGGAAUCUGUAAGAAUAUGGGCUGUGACUAUGUGAUUGACUCCAGUGCUGUGGAGGAUCGCUGUGGGGUGUGUCAUGGUAAUGGGUCUACCUGUACAACUGUGAAGAGAACGUUUGAGGAGAGCGAAGGACUUGGCUAUGUAGAUAUUGGACUGAUCCCAGAGGGAGCCCGUGAAAUCCGGAUUGAGGAGGUGGCUGAAGCUGGGAAUUUCUUGGCGCUACGAAGUGACAACCCCAACAAGUAUUUUCUGAAUGGUGGCUGGACGAUCCAGUGGAAUGGAGAGUACAAGGCAGCUGGGACAGUAUUCACCUAUGUGAGGACAGGCCAUCUUGAAAACCUGACGUCUCCUGGGCCAACCAUGGAACCACUUUGGAUUCAGCUUCUCUUUCAGGAGACCAAUCCAGGGGUGCGGUACGAAUACACAAUUAGUCGAAAUGUCCCACAGGACAGCGACACACCCGUGUCAGUUUUCUUCUGGAAAUAUGGUUCAUGGACUGAAUGCAGUGUUACCUGUGGAACAGGCGUUCAGAGGCAGAUUGUUCACUGCGUGGAAAAGGCAACUGGGAUCGUGGAGGAGCACUUCUGUGACCCCUUAACCCGACCUGACGAUAACCAAACCAGCUGUAACAAGGAUCCAUGUCCAGCCAUAUGGUGGGUUGGGGAGUGGCAGAAAUGCACAGCCAGCUGCGGGAGCUCGGGCCUGGCUAAGAGGACGGUGCUCUGCAUCCAGGCAGUAAGCGCGGAGGAGCAGAAAGCCCUGCAGCCCAGUGAAUGUGAACACAUACCCAAACCUGAGUCGCUAUCCUCCUGCAACACAGACAUCCCCUGCCCAGCAGACUGGAUCACAGGCAGCUGGUCAAAGUGUUCACUGACUUGUGGAAGUGGAGUACGUCGCCGUAAUGUAACCUGCUCUAGAAACACAGGCGCCGACUGUGACCCCCAAAAGAAACCUCUUGCUGUCAGUAACUGUUACAGUCAGGACUGUCCACAGGUUGUGGAUAAUUUUGGAGGUAUGGACUGGUCUGGAAGUGGCUGGUCAAGCAAAGAAGUGCUCAAUGAAAUUAACUCCAUACCUGAAGCCAAACCGCCUCCCAAAUACAGCACCACCAGAGCCCAACCAAAAAAUCAUAAUAACCUUAACAACAUUGUUGAGGGAGAUUUUCACUACCACAAUAACAUUGAAAAUAUUGAUCACAACAGUGUUCAAUUUGAUGAUUUUUACUACGACUAUAACUUUAUCAACUUCCACGAAGACUUGUCGGAUGACUUUGAGGACGAUGGAGAAGAUUCAGGGGCCAGUCACAGACCCAGUGCUCCACAGGAGAACGAGCCAACCAGCAGUGGGAGAGAAAAUGCCUUCAUGGAAACCACAAGAGCUCCCACAACUACUUCAGCCAUUUCUUCAAUUUCAAAGACUAGUGCCUACACUUGGAACAUUGAAACGCCACAGAACACAGAUCUGGACAAUGUGAAGGACAGUGGAAAUGCAGCAACAGAGGAUUCUAUACAAACGAAUUAUGAAAAUUUUGAUGACUUUCUUUCCGAGGAUUAUCUUCUACCUGUGUCUACUACUCACUCACCACCAUUGUCUACAACUCAGCAUUCACAAACACUAAAAGAGAGACACGACAAUGUGUGGUGGCCUGAAAACGUUAGCACAAUGCCUAGUCUGGAUUUCCCUACAAAGGAGCCUAUACAGGAUGUGAAAUGGGGGCAACAUGGAGAGGAGGUUGAAAAUAACUAUGACAGUUUCACAGAGGAGGAAAUUCACACAGAGAAUGUCACUGUGACUCCAAAACACGCUGAUCCUACUCCCGAGCAUCAACCCAUUCCUAGUAUUGUUGUCGCUACAACAGUGAGUUUUCAGGAGAAGGAGAAACGCGAUGAUUAUGAGUACAGUUACAGUGAAAAAAGUACACUAGGUCCAGAUAUCUCUGCAAACCAAGAGGAUGUGGAGAGUCCAGAACCUUUAGGCUCUCCCACACCAGAAAGAAUAAUUCAGGAAGUCCAGCUGGACAAAAAUGCUUCAGAAAUACCUCAAACAACCAGCCAAUCAACAUUAGUUCCAACUGCCUUCACACUGGAGGAUGUGGACUUGGAUGAGACUAAUUAUAAUACAGUAUAUGCCACUAGCGAGGGUAAUUCGUGGGAAAAUAACCCUGACCUCAGUCCAACCUCGCUUCCUGCCUCUCAGAAAUCCACUCCUCUCCCCAUUCCCUUUCUGUUAAUCUCAGGUAACCAAGAGGCCUACGAGGACUCCUCAUCAUCAACUGGAACAGAUAUCAUACCUCCUACAAACCCGGAGGGAGCCACUAAGCCUUCUCCGGCUGAUUUCCUGCCAGCUGCGAUGGAACAGAUACCUACAAAACCUGCCUUCACUGAAAGAACUGGAACAGAGUCCACAUCCCAGGGUCCACCUUCAGAUUUAGCUGAUUUUGACUACAAUGAAAUAGUCGUUCCCUCGAUGGUGAGGAGCAGCAGUAACAGUGAUCCUGGCCCUUCAUAUCAACUUCCAACAAAUUCAGCAGCCACUCCUCAAGGUAGCACAACACUGGUAAAGCACAUGGAAUCACAGACAUCUGCUGAGCUCCUUUUGCCAACCCAUCCACCUUUUCUGAGGCCACUUCCAGUGCCAACAUCAGGCCGAACUUCAGCCUCCGUACGAGUCGCUACUGGUGCCUACUGGGUCACCGGCAACUGGAGCACUUGCUCCACCAGCUGUGGGCUUGGUGCUAUCUGGAGGACUUUGGCUUGCAGUACACACUCAGACUCUGACUGUGAUCCAGACAAGAGGCCCGCACCAGCCCAGCGGUGUUACCUGCGCCCCUGCUCCACGUGGAAAGUUGGAGAAUGGAGUAAGUGCUCCAAGAAUUGUGAAGGCGGCAUUAAAUCACGGGAGGUCCAGUGUUUUGACAUGCGGGAUCAAAGGCUCCUGAGACCUUUCCACUGCCGGGCCAUGUCCUCCAGACCACAAACCCAAGCACCCUGUAACUCUCAGCCAUGUCUCGACUGGUACACCUCCUCCUGGGGUCAGUGCUCUGAGGUUUGUGGAGGAGGUGAGCAGCAGCGUAUAGUCACCUGUCCAGAGGAGGAUCGAUGCGACGGGGACCGUCAGCCCACCAACAUCCAAUCAUGCAACAGCCAGCCUUGUGCUCAGUGGCUAACUGGAUCCUGGGGACAGUGUUCAGCUUCUUGCGGUGGCGGAGUCCAGCAUCGACUAAUCAAAUGUGCCGACACAAAGGCUGAGACAGAUGUAGGAGUGGAUCAAGCUCAGUGUGACCAUGAGCCAAAGCCCGAGGGCACCCAGAAGUGUAACUUACAGGAGUGUGAGAGCGCCCCCUCUGGAGCAGCUUGCCUUCAUGAUCGGCUGACGUUUCGCUUCUGCCAGACUCUCCGCUGGCUCAGCCGGUGCCACCUGCCCAAUGUGCGAGCACAGUGCUGCAAAACCUGCAGCCAGCAUCCACGCCCCAGCGUCACGUCUCGCCGCUGAGGUGCGACAAACUAACCACUCACAUGCCUCAUCGGCAGGAAACACUGACUCCACCUGAUUCAUCUUAAGUCAACAAUCUGAGCCUUUUCUUCACCACUACAGACUAAUGAUGAAUUAGUCCCACUUCCAAACUCUGCACGUCUGUGCUGAUGAAAUUAUUAAAUAGGGCUGAAAGUAAUUGGAAAAAGUCAUUGAAAAUACAACAAAGCGUAGCCUUUCUCUUAGCUAUACAAUGAGAAUGUAAAUAUUUGUUUGGACUUUUUAUAUUACACAGUCCGACCAGAAUGACAUUUUAUGAAUCAAGAUUUCCUUGUAACAGAUAUGGCGCCACAUAAAAUAGAAGGGUCGCCUAUCUAUAUAUCAAGGUACAAUGCUUUCAUUUUAUUGACAGCGGCACAAACUGUACAGAUUGAGAAAGACAGGUAUAAAAAUUCCUUGUGUGGUUUUACGCGUGAUGUGGUACAACUGUUAUGAAGCUAGAAAUAAGUGGUGCAUAAAUGCUUCGCGUGACAUUAAUAAACAAUUGACGGUUUACUAA